UUUUGAAGCCACGAGGCAGAAGACGCACCAGAUGGCGCUCAAUCGGCACGUCGUCAGCAAGAUGAACGAGGACAAAUGCCGCCCCACUAUCCUAUCCCGUUUCACACGUAGCGCAGCAAUAGCAGCGCCUCGCCGCCCCAUCCCGUCAGACUACCAGAACACCGCCGCUUCAUCAGUAAGACCUCACCUCAUAACCGGGAAAGUCUCUUGAGCAGCGGAUUGGUACUGAGGUCGCUAAGGAGAGCCUUCAAGUGACCUCCAAGUGCUACGCAUUAAAAAUGCACGACCAAGUCGCACAUCACGAUAUUAGAGCUGGUUCGCAGGCCGCACGAUGCCGCUUCCCCGAGCUACGCAUGGAUGGUAAAGACACCAUUAUGUUUACAGCAGAUACCAAGGCGUCUCGUGAAAGGCUGCAGAUUGAAAACCUGUUGGAGCUUCCAUGGAGUGGGUGGGCUUUUGUCUACGCCUACGUGCUCUUCAUCUUCUCGUUCAGUCGAUUCGCAACGCUUAAGGCAUUGAUCACGAUGUACGGCAGUCCUGAUGACUACGCAUUCAAAGUCAAGGCUGCGGUGAUAACCCUCGGAUUCUUGGAAGAUCUCGUGUGUGCGACCUUCUUUGUGUGUGUUUUGUGGCUGUUUGAUACUUUCAAGAGCUCAAUUAUUCAACGGGUCGAGCAAAAGAAUGGAGUGUCGACCACAAAUAUGGGGAAUAUCGCGACGUUUACGGGAUCGUGGCUUCUUUUCUUCGUCAUGAUAGUGCCGUUUGCCUCCGAUAUGCUUCUUGUGCUCAACCGAGAGAUGCGAUUCACGUUUGACGUCCUUGCCGCUAUGAUCCGGGAGAGAGAUCAUCUUUCCAAAGCCCCGCUGGAACCUGAAGAGGCUCAGAGAAGUUACGUAACUGCGGUGCUUGUCGUGACUUGCACUACGCUCUUCGCACUGAUUCGCAUGCGAGCAAGUUGGACUGACUUAACUCGCUGGAACCCCACACAUCUGCUGCUGAGACCUACACGACAACGUGUUGUCAAGCAGAACGACAAGGACGCAGUAAAAAUUGUCGAGUACGAAGAACUUUCCCUUGAAGAUGGUAUUGAGACCACAAAUUCCAGGGAAGAGGCUGCAUAUUCCUCAAAGCGCUUCAUGUACCAAGUCCUACAACGCCGCUGUGGGGUUAUUCUCGUUUUCCUGGGUCUUGUACUCUUACCAGCUCUAGUCUUAGCGGUAAGCAAAAUCUGUUCGCCUUUAGUGGCGUACUCAGCGUUAAACACACCGCUGAACGAGCUACUUGGCAACGUAUUUUCGCCCACACUGAAGGAAAGCACACUUCAAAAUGCAGAAGAAGUGGAGACGUUUAUUCAUCCGACUGAGCAGCACAAGCUAUUGGCUACCAACUCGCUGUAUCGACGGACGACUGGCUUUUCCGGAGAUCUGGCUUUCAAUGUCAGUACUACACCUAAUAACCCUCCUAAUGUUCUGGUUAUUGGAAUUGAGUCUUUCCGGUAUCAGGACUCUCGCUAUCUCAUCGGUGAAAGGGACCCCUCUAAUCUUUACAAUGGCUUGAACACCUCAGUUACUCCCAAUUUCGACAGGUGGGCUAAGCGUGGCGUCGCGUUCCGCAAUAUGUGGUCAAGUCUACCUACAAGUAGAUCAGUGGAGAGUCUCCUGUUCGCACAGGUUCCUUACGAUAGUACAGUGAAAACCGGUACUUCUGGAGGCUGGACGGACACGAAGCUAUAUGGUUUACCGCAAUUUUUCACUGCCAAGGGCUACGAAACGUUCUUCACUACUGGAUGUGCGACUACAUUUGAUGGUUGGGACUCGUUCCUCCCCACUCAUGGAUACGAAACUGUGUGGAGCAACUUGAAUAUGAUCGAGUUAGCAAAGAACGAGAUGGGGAUUACAAAGGACCAGUGGUUUGGUCCGGAGCAUCGUGGAUUCCAGUGGGGAGUUCACGACGACAUUAGCUUCAAAUUUCUAGGCGAUUUACUCGUGAACAAGACAAAAGAGCAGAGCGAGAGAAUGGCUAAUGGUGAGAAGAAAAAGCCGCUGUUUCUUACGCACUAUACCAUCUCUAGCCAUGCACCGUUCGACUCAGCGCCGACAUGGUACACGGAGUUGCAGAAGCCUGAUUUUUCACCACUGUAUAAAGGAAAAAACCACGAAGCUGCUAUCAAACGGUACUUGGAGCUGAGGCAUUUCACGGACAUGGAGCUAGGACGGUUCUUAGACCGCAUGUCUGCCGAGGGUAUUCUUAACGAUACCAUUGUCGUCAUCAUGGGUGAUCAUGGUCAAGCACCUGAGGCAGAUUUGUGGAACAUCCACGAGGACUCUGUAAGACGCGUGGCUUCGGCUAUCGUCGCUGAGGGGCGACUGGGUAGGGCGGAAGGACUUAUAGUUGAUGACGCUGCCGAGCAGUACGACAUCCUCAAUACGUUAGCGGAUAUCACAGGUGUACCAGACGGAGGGUUCUUGCAACAUGGAGUUGGACGUUCACUGAAGCGGAGAAUCUCUUUUGGCGAACGGGUUGUAUUUGCCAAUGACCCUGGUUACAAAAUGUCGAUCGUACGCGGCCACCAACGUCUUCGUUACGACAGCGUGAUGGACUCGAUGUUUCUCCACGAUACUGAGGCUGAUCACUAUAUCGAAAAAGAUUUGUUCCCAGAGCUUUCCCCUGAAGAGCAAGCAGAAUGGGAGAGAUGGCGCGAUAACGGACGAAAGAUCACAACUUACUACAAGAAGCGGUGGGACGACAAGUGCUUUGCGAUCAAUUGUUAGAGAAUGCAUGCAGACCAAGAAGUAUUAUUGAACGCCAUGGUUUUGGUGACUUUCUGAUUACGAAACUGUUCAAGUUGGUACUUUGAUUCUCCUCCAAUCACACUUGUUCGCAGUUCGUAACGAAGUGGAGAACUGUCGUUUGUCGCCGAUUGGCAUUCACAAACCGUAUUUGUACCGCUUUUUCUUACAAAAGCCAAAUCAGCAAUACAAAACUAAGUCAAGUAUACAAACACAAAGUGAACAGUUUUAGUAUCUAGCUAAUAAAAGGCACGAAAGCAUUACACAGGGUUUACACUAAUUCCAAAAUACCGGUUUUCCA